AUGUACAACAGUACGCAAACUAUGGACAGCGAGUAUAACAUUUCCAAUGUUGAGGACCUAGAGCGUCGAAUGUUUAUCAUUGCUACUUCGUCAUUUGGUUUGAUUUCAUCAGUUGUCACGUUUGCUGUGAUAUUGUUUGAUAACUGGAAGAUACUAAGGAAAUCUCGAUCUUUCCAAAGGGGCGCCAUCCCGUCUCGGAACUUUCCAAAGGGCUUCUGGCUAGCAUUGAGUUGUGGGGGAACGGUAUUACUCCUAUUAGUACUAACAUGGAUACCGUCUGCUGCCAAACCAAACGUGAACAGCAGGUGUUCCGCAGAGCCAUCUCAGUGGUUAAAGGGAUGGGCAGAUGUUGCCAUUGGUUUAACGGUUCUACUAGUUGCGAUUUACUUUGCAACCAUUUCAGUUCUAAUGUUCCGUCUUCGGAAGUCAAGGCGACUAAGUCGAGAUCGAAGGACUGUUAUGAAGCAUGGCAUUUUCCAUCUCGUUCUCGGCUCCAUAUUAUAUGUUAGUACAGCCAUCACCACCUUACCACUUGAUACGAGACGCUCUUGUGCUAAAUAUAUCAAACAGCUCUCUCCUUUACCAUUCUUCAUAUCUGCCCUACGCCAUCGCCCUUCACAGGCUUCUGGGCUCGUUUCGUCAAUUGCAAUUCACAUUUUUGGUUUUGCUAACUCUGCAUUAUUCCUCAUUUUACGUCGCCCCCAAGACGUUCUUUCGACUUCAGCAGAUGGGCAAAUAUGGGAUAAACGCAGCACCUGGAGCAGCUUUGGUGGUGCGGAUUCUGGUAUAGUGGAGGUGUAUCGGCCCGAGCGGAUAGAGAAGAAGACGGACAGCAUACCACUGCAAAAUACCAUAUCAAAGACGCCCCAUAACUCUCUGUCCAAACCUGGUUUGGGAACCACCGGAACUCCGAAGCCAAACAUGGGAGAAUUCCCUCCUUCAAAGGGAGUAAAGAGCAGUUCUGUCGUCCCGCCACCGCAUAGAAAGGCUGCAUCAGAAACAAGAGGCAGCAUUGUGAAGGAAACGCUCAUCCCGGGCAACGCAUCCUACCAUAGUAACGAUAUGAUACCUAAAAUUUAUCGUCCCGAAAUUCCCAUGCCGCAAACCCCAAGGCUAGCGUUCAAUUCUCCAGUUUAUCAUUCUCCGAAGUUUAGUCCAGCUAUCGCACCCGCUGAGCUAUAUCCACCCAGCUACGGAAUAUACCCAAUGAAUCCUCGAUUAAAUGUUUCAACUCCAGCUUUACUAGGGCCUAAUUCUCCCCAGAAACCACUAAACAUGCCAUCAACACCAACACUCAAUAGAUCCGACAGCCUUCGAAGAUCUCUGGAUUCUGCUUUGUUGAAGCCUCCAUAUCCACAUAAUCGACAUAAUCCUUAUCACUCUAACGACACAUAUAAGUUCGAGCCCACUCCAACAUAUCCUGUACAUCCUGGGCAGGUCUAUCUACAUCCAUAUUCGGCUUCCCCGAGACCAUCCAUCUCCACAUACUCCUCGGGCACUCCUCGGAGACUGACGGAUAAGAUGCUUCCUCCUAUCCCACCGCAAGAUCCCCAGCAGGUACUCUUUGAAGCAGCAAUGCGACUAAGGGACAGUAAAACUAGCUCUUAUUCCGCACAAUGGCAACACAGUGGCCAUCUAUCCCCCCUUCCAGCAACAUACCAAUCCUCACCUUGGAUAUGA